AUGAAAUUAGGAUAUAAUGAAAUAAUGAUAGUAUCAAUGUAUUUUAAUGAUAUUAAUGAUUUUAUUAAUUUAGAAAUGGGAGUUAAAAGAUAUAGAGGAAAUAUGGAACGAUUUCAUUUUAAUCCAAUUCCAUUAAAUAAAUAUUCAAGAAAAUUCUUUCCUAAUAUUGAAACAUUUCAUAUUUAUAAUGAAGAUGAUAAAAUAUUUAAUGAUGGAAGAAUAUUUAAAAAAGUAAUAUGGUAUUUCGUAGAAUAUUCAACAUAUUUAAAAAAGAAAAAAAAAGGAAAUAUCUAUAAAAAUAUAGAAUAUACAGAAUCAGAUAGAAAAUCAUAUGGAACUACAAUACCAACAGAAGUUAAAUCACUUGGAGAUAAUUGUUUUGAAUAUUGUAAUGAAUUAACAUCAAUUAAUAUACCAUCAUCAAUUAGUAAAAUAGGAUAUCAUUGUUUUGAAGAAUGUACUUCACUAACAUCAAUGAAUAUAGACAAUCUACAAUUUAUUAGUAAAGAAAGAAUAUUUAUGAAUGAACCAGUGUUAAUUAGUUUUGAAAUACCAGAAAAUCUAAAAAUAAUCAAUGGAAAGAAUAUUUGCAAGAAAGAUAUUAAUGAAUUUAUUAUUCCAUCUUCAAUUACUAAAAUAGGUGAUUGGUGUUUUAGUUAUUUUUUAUCAUUAAAAUCAACUAAUAUACCAUCAUCAAUUAAUGAAAUAGGAGAUAAUUGUUUUUUAGGAUGUUCAUCAUUAAAAUCAAUUAAUAUACCAUCAUCAAUUACAUCAUUUGGAGGUGGUUGUUUUUAUGAAUGUUCAUCAUUAACAUCAAUUAAUAUAGACAAUCUACAAUUUAUUAGUGAAAAAAGAAUAUUUAUGAAUGAGCCAGUGUUAGUUAGUACUGAAAUACCAGAAAAUCUAGAAAUAAUAAAUGGAAAGAAUAUUGAAAAUAAAGAUAUUAAUGAAUUUAUUAUACCAUCUUCAAUCACUAAAUUAGAUGAUGGUUGUUUUUAUGAAUGUGAAUCAUUAAAAUCAAUUACUAUACCAUCAUCAAUUAGUGAAAUAGGAAAUAAUUGUUUUUAUGAAUGUGAAUUAUUAAAAUCAAUUAAUAUACCAUCAUCAAUUACAUCAUUUGGAUAUGGAUGUUUUUAUGGAUGUGGAUGUGUUGAAGAAUUAAUGAAAAAUAAAACAAUACCAAGAAAUUGUUUUGAUGAAUGGUAUUGA